AUGGCAGGUCUCCUUUGUAGCAGGAGAGGGGUCGGGGGAGACGUGAAUCGGCUGGAGAGGGAGUACGACCAGCUCCGGGCGGGCGGCGGGGUGGGGGGGGUGGUGGACCUGUCGGAGGUUGCCAAGCGCAAGGUGGCGCCAGAGAGACGGCGAAGGGGCAUGUGGUCGCUCGCCGACCUGUGCGCCGAGGUGCUGGAGCUGGAGCUGAAAAAGCCGGCUUCUUUGAGGACCGGAAGCUGGGAGAAGCGCCCCCUCAGUGUUGACCAGCUUUUCUACGCCGCUGCGGAUGCGUACGCUGGCUUGCGGCUGUGGCAGACCAUGCACGAGAUGCCGGACUUGGUGCUGCAGAGGUCCGAUGCGAACGGACCCAGAGUCGAAGGCACCUCGGCGGCAGCAGGUAGCCCGAGGAGGUGUGACGUCAACGCUGCUGCUGCGGGUGGUGAGGGCAAGGGCCAGGCGCGGGGGGGUGUCGACGCGCAGCCGGCGCGGGGGGGGCAGGAGAUGGCGACUGCCUCCAGGAACGCUGAGACUACGACACGGCCGCGAUUGCCGUUGUCGAAGCUUGAGACGCACCGCCUUUGGCACGAGGACGGGCUGUCCGUGGAUGCCGUGGCGGAGGUGCGGUGCAACAAGGCCAACACGGUCCGGGGAUACCUUUCAGCUGAUCUCCCUAACGGAUUGAUCGUUGACAGACUGCAUCGAAGCUGGGCUUCCCUACGACUGGACACGAGUCGGCAUCGACGCUGA